AGUGGUAUGACCCGCAGCAUAAAACAUGGACAGGCUCUGUAACUCCAACUGACGACUUCAAACCGACAACGAAUACGAAGCAGACGCGCAGUCACCCCGAAAAAGUGCAAAAAUGGAGUGGACCCCAAUGGAAAUCAACCCCGAGAUGCUGAACAAGAUGAUGAUCAACCUCGGUGUGGGUGAAAGCUGGCGCUUCUCAGACGUGCUGGGAUUUGAGAAGGACCAACUCUCUGCUGUCCCCAAACCUUGCUGUGCAUUGAUGCUGCUAUUCCCACUGACCCAACAGCACGAGUCGUUCAGGCAGCAGCAGGCCGACAGUGUUACAGACGGCUCUGGGGUUUAUUUCCUGAAGCAGACUGCUUCCAAUUCCUGUGGCACGAUCGCCAUGCUGCAUGCUGUGGCCAACAACAAAAGCAAAAUGUCAUUUGAGGGUGGCUCUGCCCUGAAGAAGUUUCUAGAUGAGACUGCUAACAUGUCUGCUGAUGACCGUGCCAAACAUCUGGAGAAGAACAAGGCAAUCUGGGAGGCUCACAAUGAGGUUGCGGCGCAGGGCCAAUGUAGGCCGGAAGCCGACAAAGUCAACUUCCACUUUAUCGCCUUUGUCAAUGUAACUGGACAACUUUAUGAAUUUGAUGGGAGAAUGAAUGGACCUGUGAAGCAUGGCGCUACCAAGGAUGACUCCUUCGUAAUGGAUGCAGCCAAAGUGUGCCGUGGCUUCAUUGAGAGGGAGCAAGGCGAGGUCCGUUUCUCAGCGGUGGCUCUUAGUCACAGUUAGAUAUUCGGCAGGACAUGCUUUAAAGUUGUAAACCCAAAUGUUCUAAAGCAUUCACAUGACAAACACAAUCAACAGGCACCUAGAACAACCUGUGAACCCACGCAUCUGCAGGCACUAUGCACUAUAAAGCACAUAUUGUUGCCACAUACGGUUCUUUCAUCUCAAGAACAAAGAACACUAACUCACCAUUAACCCUUUUGUUCUACUGAGAUAAGCUUGUCCACACUGUUUUAUGUGACUUCAUUCAGCAAUGGGACUUGUAAAACAUGAGGUCAGAUAUCCCCACUACGUGUGUUUGUGUGUGCGCAUUGGUCUUUCUUGCGAGUUUGUUUUUGUAUGUGAUGAAGCUUUUCAAAGUAAAAAAAAAAAAAUUCUGAUGCUUGAAUACCUUUUUGUGCCAAUACAUAUAAAAUGGAGUGAGAAAGAAAAGGCAGAAUUCUUUUCCCCAAAUGCCUUCAGCUUAUAAGCAUCUGACAUUCCUCAGAACAGCACACGUCGAAAUAAUUUAACCAGUGUUUGCGGAUUAACAAAACCUUUUUUGCAUUUUGGUCUUGGGUGACUGUAAAAAAAAACAAAAAAAAUUGUUACUGGUGGAAUGCAGUAGUUGUUUGAAAAGAAAAAAAAAUACAUUUGAGAUGUUUGCACUUUUGAAAACUGAUUUUCACUUAAUCUGUAAAUGUUCAAAUACACUAGUGUGAAGUUAAAUGCAAAACUUCCAAAGGCGAACAUAAAAAGCUGCUCUGCUGGGUAGUUGUUGUGCAGGGUGCUAGUUCUGUAUUCUUAUGCUGUUCCCUAACUGUACCUUUUUAUGCACCUUCAAAUACUAUGUUGCUGUGGUUCUGUUUAUGAAGCAGCUGUGGGUUUCAAUAAAGCAACCAUUAUACCUGUG